UAUGUCAGUGUUUGUAGUUUGUACGACGGUAGCAACCGUUUAUGCAAUAUCUUCAUUUGUGCUUCUACGACGACCACAAUGGAUUUAUCGAAAACGUCGACCAGCAUUCAUUGCUCGAAAUAUUGCACAUCGAGGAGGUGGAGCGGGAGAAUCCAUCGAAAACUCUCUACUUGCAUUUGACAGAGGAUUAACAAAUGGCGUGGAAAUGCUUGAAUUAGAUUGUCAUAUGACAAAAGAUCGUCAAACAGUUGUUCAUCAUGAUUUUUUAUUAAAUAGAACGACAGGUGAACUUGGAUUUAUCAAAGAUAUUGAAUAUGAUAAAUUACCAAGAAUUACUAAUACUAUGCAACUUUAUUAUGAUUCAAAUAUAACUAUAUCAAGUGAUAAUAAUCCAAAAAAUGAAGAUUUAUUACGUAUACCAUUAUUGAAAGAUGUUUUUCAACGUUAUCCAACAACUCCGAUUAAUAUUGAUAUUAAAGAAGAUAAUGAUGAACUUAUUAAACAGGUUUCUGAUCUGAUUCAACAAUAUCAACGAGAACAUCUUACGUAUUGGGGUAGUUUCAGUCAUAAAAUAUGUCGAAAAUUAACUAUACAAAAUCCUCGAAUUGUUCGAUUUUGUUCAAUGAAAGAAGCAGCUGGUAUUGUAGUAGCUUAUUGGAUUGGUUUAUUACCAUUUCUACCAAUAACACCAGGCGCUUUCGAAAUACCAAUACCUGGUGUUGUAUUUGGAAAAAUAACUGAAAAUGUAAAUUGGAAAUUUAAAAUACUUUUAUAUAUAAUUGAACGUGCAUUAAAUAAUCAAAAAAUGUUUGAACAUUUACAACGUCGUGGUAUUCCAGUGUAUGUUUGGAUAUUAAAUAAUGAACAAGAAUUCCAAUAUGCUUUCACAAAGAUGAGUGUAACCGGUGUAAUGACAGAUUAUCCAACACUUUUGCAAAAAUAUUUACAAUCCAAUCAACAUAAAUUUAUUUUAUAA